GCGGAGGGGCUGCCGGGCCAGAACUGCUUGUGUAACUUUGCAAACGUGCCAGAAAGUUUAAAAUCUCUCCUCCUUCCUUCACUCCAGACGCUGCCCGCUCGCCGGGGCCGCCGCGCCGCUCCCCGUCGCCUUCCAGAAGGACUGGGAAAGAAGAGACAGGCGGGUGCCACGUCCCAGCAGCCGCCUCUACAGGACAAGGGUCUGCAGCCCACCCUUGGCACUGCUUGUGGUGACUGAGUUACCCGCGCUCCGCCCGCCUCCCUGGUUGAAGAUUUCUCCCUCCUUCACGUGAUUUGGGCCCCGUUUUUCUUUUCUCCGACCUAGUCCUCCCGGAGUGGGGACAAUCAGGCAAAGGGAGCGAUGCGCUUCGCCUGGACCGCGCUCCUGCUCGGGCCCCUGCAGCUCUGCGCGCUCCUGCGCUGCGCCCCGCCGGCCGCCGGCCAGCAGCAGCCCCCUCGCCAGCAGCCGCCGGCUCCGGCCGCCUGGCGCCAGAGGAUCCAAUGGGAGAACAACGGGCAGGUGUUCAGCCUGCUGAGCCUGGGCUCGCAGUACCAGCCGCAGCGCAGACGGGACCCGGGCACCACCGCCCCGGGCGCUGCCAACGCCGCAGCCCCGCAGCCGCGCACGCCGAUCCUGCUGCUCCGCAACCGCACGGCGGCAGCACGCGAGCGCACUGCAGGCACGUCGGGGGUCGCCGGCCGACCCAGACCCGCCGCCCGCCAUUGGUUCCAAGCUGGCUACUCGUCGUCCGGGGCCCGCGACGCUGGGGACUCGCGCGACGGCAACCGGACGGCUCCCGGAGAGCGCCCGACGCUCAGUAACCUGCAGCCGCCCAGCCGCGUAGACGGCAUGGUGGGCGACGACCCGUACAACCCCUACAAGUACUCCGACGACAACCCCUAUUACAACUACUACGACACGUACGAAAGGCCCCGGCCCGGGAGCAGGUACCGGCCCGGAUACGGCACCGGCUAUUUCCAGUACGGUCUCCCGGACCUGGUGCCAGACCCGUACUACAUCCAGGCGUCCACGUACGUGCAAAAGAUGGCCAUGUACAACCUGAGAUGCGCUGCGGAGGAAAACUGCUUGGCCAGCACAGCAUAUAGAGCAGAUGUCAGAGAUUAUGAUCACAGGGUGCUGCUAAGAUUCCCCCAAAGAGUGAAAAACCAAGGGACAUCAGAUUUCUUACCAAGCCGACCGAGAUAUUCCUGGGAAUGGCACAGCUGUCACCAACAUUACCACAGCAUGGAUGAAUUCAGCCACUAUGACCUACUUGAUGCUGGUACCCAGAGGAGAGUGGCUGAAGGCCACAAAGCCAGUUUCUGUCUUGAGGACACAUCCUGUGACUAUGGCUACCACAGGCGAUUUGCAUGUACUGCGCAUACACAGGGGUUGAGUCCUGGCUGUUAUGAUACCUAUAAUGCAGACAUAGACUGCCAGUGGAUUGAUAUUACGGAUGUAAAACCUGGAAACUACAUUCUAAAGGUCAGUGUGAACCCCAGCUACCUGGUGCCUGAAUCGGACUAUUCCAACAACGUUGUGCGCUGUGAAAUCCGCUACACGGGACACCAUGCCUAUGCCUCGGGCUGCACGAUUUCACCGUAUUAGAAAGCAAGCCAAAACUCCUAAUGGAUAAAUCAGUGCCUGGUGUUCUGAAGUGGGAAAAAAUAGAUUAACUUCAGUAGGAUUUAUAGAUUUUGAAAGAGAGAACAGAAAGCAACAAAGGAAUUUUUGUUUGGACUGUUUUAUAACAAAGCACAUAACUGGAUUUUGAACAUUUAAAUUGGCAUUACUUGGGAAAUUUUUAAUAUUAUUCAUAUUACUUUGUGAAUGAACACAGUGUUUCCAUUCUGUAGAUGUACACUUUGGCUCUUUGAAGGAAAUCCAAAUUUGUUAUGCUCCUUUGGAAAUUAUAGUGUAAAAGGGAAAAUAACAUUUUAGUGAAUGAACCAAAAUUACUAUUAACUGAGAAUUUUCUUGAUUUCAGUGAACCAUAACAAUAACUGGCUUGUAUUUGUCUUAGCAUAGAUUAAUUUAGAAAGGAGGCUCCUACUGUUCAAACAGAUACAGACACAUUUGGUGCUGACGAAGGAACAAACAUUACCAUUGGUGUCAAGAAAUAUUACUAUAUAGCAGAGAAAUGGCAAUAUAUGUACUCAGAUAGUUACAUCCCUAUAUAAAAUUUUAUGUUUACAUUUUAAAAUUAGUAAACUCCUGUCUUUCUGUUAAGUGUACAAUUUUAUUCUGACUUAAGUCAGCUUUUGUUUUGGAACAAAUUAAGUAACUGAGCUGCCUAACUCCUGUCUGACAUUCGUUGAUGCUGCCUCAAUUCUUUAAUUUUCCUAUGGGCAGACCUUUUGAGUGGCAUUCUUAAAAUCACCAUUCUGGGGACUGGUGUAUGGAGGACAGCUUUGUCUACGGGAAGUCAUUCUGAUAUAGAUGUGAUACAUUCAGAGAAACUAUGUAUGCAUUUAAGUAUGUAGAACAGUUAACUGAAAAAUUUUCCUGGUUGACAUAAAAAUCAUACAAACAAGUUCCCAAAACCACAACUGUCUCUCAAAUAUUUUAAAACAUUAAUGAAAAACAUCUUAGGAUUUUCAGCUUUUCUACAUUUUUUUUUAAUGUUCAGCUUUAAAAUGAAGAAUGCUAAAAAAAAAUUUAAAUUAUCCAGAGUACAUAACAUAAUAUCUAGAUAUAGGAACAUUAUCAGGUCAUCCAGGACUCAGUAAUACAUGUUUUUUGUUUUUUGUUUUUCUUUCUGUGUGUCUGAAGUAUAAACCAAAUUAGCAAAGCACAUAACAUUACAUAGUUGAGGAGCUGGUGAAUAAGGGAAAAAAAAAUAACUUUCUGUAAAACAAACGACUGUGUUGCAUAAUGAGACAGCUGUGAUUUUAUUUUAAAACUGUGAAACCAUGUGCCACAACAAAAUUUGGAAGAUUGCUUUUUUUCCUAGUUCCAAAAGGUACAGAGAGAAAUCAAAGGACACUUUUAAGUUAGUAGGGCUUAGGCAGAAGUCUUCCUACAUUAGCCAGUAUUAAAAUCUCCAGCGAGGGAUUUCUAGUUUGGUAAAAUUUAAAAGUGAGUUGGCAUCCCUGUAUCGUAUGUCAUAGAGUUGUGAAGUCAACACCAACUCCUAAGAGUCAUCCUGCACUCACUAAUGCCCAGCGCAGCAAGAUGGGCUAGAGAUGGACAGUCAUCCCGGGGUGGAUGCCAUCCUCAUCUGCCAGGGCACAUACUUACCAACAGAGAAUGCAGCUUGAGAGAGCCCAGAACUUUCACUGAGCUAGUACCUGAGCUAUGGAGUAGCUUCUUUGAUGUACCUCUUUGCCUUAAGUUGCUUUUUUAGUUUUAAGACUGUAGAAUCAUCCUUUCAAGUCAUAGUCUUUUCUAAUAGAGGUAUUUUAAUAUACUUGCUUUUUUAAAAAACAAAACAAAACAAAACAAAACUACUGUCAGUAUUAAUACUGAGCCAGACUGGCAUCUACACAUUAAGGCCUAUCAUUUCAUUGAGCUUCUUACCCCUGUAAACACUAUAUUACGGUCUUUGGACACAUAUGAGAAGACAUUUACUAUCAUUCACUGAGCCUUCCAUCUGUCUGUCCACCCAUCAUCAUUUGAGGGCCUAAUACAUGUCAGGCACUUACAUGCUUGGGAUAUAAAAAAAAAAACCUGUCCCCUAACCUCAAUAAGUAUUAAAAAUA